GCUCCGAAAGAUUUAAUUUUUUUUUUCUUUCUUUCUUUCUUUCUGUGAUUUGUGUAUUUUUUUGGGGUUUAUUGCAGAUUUGCCUCUUUCUUAAGUCUGUAAUCUUUUGAUUUAGCAUAGGUCUUUUCGUCGAGAAUUAGUGCUGCAUUGUCUCUGAGAGUCACUGUUCUCGAUUCACCUCUUUGUUUUUGCUCUGUCUCCUUGUUAGAUGAUUUGGGAAAACGAAUGUAUAGAUUCAAUCUAUCAGUUCUGAAUCCCUAUGUAAAAGAGUGUUCGUGUGAUUGAUUCAAAGGACGAUUAAGGAAGUUGCGAGUUUCGAAAGUCAGAUAAGGUUGUUGUAGGCUUUUAAGUUGGCAGCUGAGAAGAUAAUUAGUGUAGGAUGGAUCAAGUGUUUUCACGAGAGCAAGAUCUUGAUGUAGACAUUGAAGCUGGUCGAUCUGAUGUUGUUACACAAGAAUCCACAUUAGCUACUGUUUCAGGCAAUGGGGUCUGGACUGAACGGGUGAAUUUCGCUGCAUCUGAAAACAUUGCUGAUGAUCUGAUCUAUCCAUUAAUGGGAGACGAAAACAGGGUAGGCACAAGCAGUCAAAGUCUGGAUCUUUCAGAGAACAAAUGCGAUAAUGGAAAGUUUAAGAAGUCUAGAAAAGCUUCAAAGCCUCCCAGACCGCCAAAAGGCCCUUCCUUGAGUGCAAGUGACCAUAAGUUCAUGAGGGAAAUAGCAGAGCUUGCUAUGAGAAAGCGGGCAAGGAUUGAACGGAUGAAAAGUUCCCUUAAAAAAAUGAAAGCAGCCAAGUCUUCAUCAUCAUCAUCAUCUCAGUGCAUUAACAUUUUCUCGAUGAUAGUAACGGUUCUCUUCUUCGCCUUUCUAGUCUUCCAAGGCUUCUUCCCUGGAAAUUCGAGUUUGAGUUCAGACAAAUCACCUGCACCUAUUGUUUCAUCUACCAACCAAUUGAUAUCAGUUCAGUUCUACAAUGAAUUUGCUCCCGUUGAGCAAACUGAUCCCAGCCCGACCACCUCAUUCAGGUAUACGAGGAAGCGAAUAUCGGGUGCGGAAGAAGAAGUCUCGAGAGACGUUAGUUACUAGAUGAGUUCUCUGUCUGGUCUUUGCUUCAAACUGUUAAAACUCUUUUUGUUCAAGUUUUGUUCUCUCUCUGGUCACAGCUUUUGUAUAGGCUAAAUAUAUAUGUAAAACGACUCCGUUUCAAACAAUGAUGAUGAAUCAUCACUUUCACUAA